AUGAAGUGCUUAAUAGUUGUUUUAUCAAUUAUAGUCGCUAUUCAAGCCGCUAGUUAUCAGUUAAUUCCAGUGAUUGAACUCUGGGGGGAAGUCCCCAUUGCACAAUCUCGCAGCGUCCGCUCGGCCGACCCGCGCCGUUACGGGGGCUACGGCUCCCCCGGAGGCUCCGGGGCGCAGUCCGACGCCUCCGCCACCAGCCAGACCCAAAGCGGCUCGUUUGGGCCAUUCGGGCCGUUCUUCGGCGGCAAAGGCUUCGGAGGCGGCUCGAAUUCAGACGCCGGAGCCAAAGCCGGAGCUUUCGGUUCCGGAAAUUCCGACUCGACUGCCAAUGCACAAUCGCAGACUUUCACAGGAAAUGGGUUCUCAGGGUCGGCCUCUUCGGCCAGUGCCUCCAGUCAUAGCUCCUCAGGCUAUGGAGGUUUAGGACACAGCCACCUAGGGGGCCUGGGGGGUCUGGGGGGCGCCUCAGCCUCCAAGGCCCAAGCAGCCGCUCAAAGCGACAGUAAAUCGCACUCGUAA